CUUCCUUAUUAAUUAACUCUCAACUUCUCUCAUCAAUGGCUGUUCCUGCAACAUUCUCCACAGUAUACUCUUCUUUAUUAUUAACACUAUUAUUAUUAAGCUUUUGCUUCUAUGGGACUUUUGCUGAUUAUGGAGGCUGGCAAAAUGCUCAUGCCACAUUCUAUGGAGGGGCUGACGCUUCUGGCACAAUGGGAGGUGCUUGUGGUUAUGGCAAUUUGUACAGCCAAGGAUACGGAACCAACACUGCAGCACUAAGCACAGCACUAUUCAACAAUGGCUUGACAUGUGGGGCUUGUUACGAGCUCACUUGCAUCGAUGACCCUCAAUGGUGCAUUCCGGGAACUAUUACUGUCACUGCCACAAAUUUCUGCCCUCCAAAUCCAUCAGAGCCAAAUGACAAUGGUGGAUGGUGCAAUCCUCCUCGCCAACACUUCGAUUUGGCUGAGCCUGCUUUCUUGCAAUUUGCUCAAUACAGAGCUGGAAUUGUCCCUGUAUCUUACAGAAGGGUGCCCUGCAACAAGAAAGGAGGAAUAAGGUUUACAAUUAAUGGAAACUCUUAUUUUAACUUGGUUUUAUUGACAAAUGUUGGAGGUACUGGGGAUGUUAAUUCAGUCUCUAUUAAGGGGUCUGGGUCUGCAUGGCUGACAAUGUCAAGAAAUUGGGGCCAAAAUUGGCAAAGCAAUUCCUAUUUCACUGGUCAGAGUCUUUCAUUUCAAGUGACUAUAAGUGAUGGAAGGACUAUUACAAGCUAUAACAUUUCACCCGCUAACUGGCAAUUUGGGCAAACUUUUGAAGGGCUUCAGUUUUAAUUUCAGCAACAAACUUUAGCUAAAAAAAAGAAAAAGAAAAAGAGAUAAUGGCCAAAAACACACUCGAACUAUUGUGGUUUCGUGAGUUUCACACCCCAACUAUGGACUGUUCUCUUUUCUUACUUGAACUAUCACCAUAUAUGUAUUAAAACAUACCUAGUCGAGUAGAUCAUUAAAAGGGAACAAAAUUGAUCUGAUCAGCUUCUAGGUUUGUUUUAAUACAUAGAUGAUGAUAGUCCAGAUAGAAAAAGAGAACAACUUAUAGUUGGGGGUGAAACUCGCGAAAAAUGAUAAUUCAAGUGUGUUUUUGAUCAUUAACUCUUUAAAAAAAAAGAAAAAAAAAAGCAGGAAAAAUGAAAAAAGCGUGAGGCUUUCAACUUGUCAAAUUUCACUUUUGGUGUAUGGCUCUUCUGAUGUGGUGUGCCUGGUGGUUGGUUAGUACCCGCUUAGGCUUAUAGAAACUGUAAAGACUGCAUUUUGAGCUUAUUUUUUGUUUUAAACUGCACGUUUCUAUCAUUUUCACUAAUAUACGUUGGGGUGACAUUUAUCAAAUAGAGGGCCACUUUUCUAUCACUUUGAUAUCCUAUUUAAUCAUUGUUAAUAAGUAGAAUUGGGCAACUCAUUGUUAUGUUUAUAGGAGUA